AUGGACAGUGCUAUUACACUGUGGCAGUUCCUCCUUCAGCUCCUUCAGGAGCCUCAGAACAAGCAUAUGAUCUGUUGGACCUCUAAUGAUGGGGAAUUCAAGCUUUUGCAAGCAGAGGAGGUGGCUCGACUCUGGGGGAUCCGCAAGAACAAACCAAGCAUGAAUUAUGACAAAUUAAGCCGAGCUCUCAGAUACUACUAUGUAAAGAAUAUCAUCAAAAAAGUGAAUGGUCAGAAGUUUGUGUACAAGUUUGUCUCUUAUCCAGAGAUUUUGAACAUGGAUCCAAUGGCUGUGGGAAGGAUUGAGGGAGACUGUGAAACUUCAGGCUUCAAUGAAGUCAUCACCAAUUCAAAAGAUUUGGAGAAUGGAGGGAAAGAGAAGCCUCCUCAGCCAUGUGCCAAGGCCUCCAGCCGUAAUGAUUAUAUACACUCUGGCCUCUACUCUUCAUUUACUCUCAAUUCUUUGAACUCCUCCAAUGUAAAACUUUUCAAGCCUAUAAAAAUUGAGAAUCCAGCAGAGAAACUGGCAGAAAAAAAAUCUCCCCAGGAACCAACACCUUCAGUCAUCAAAUUUGUGACAACACCCUCCAAAAAGUCAUCAAUUGCACCUAUUCCUUCUACCAUUUCAGCUGGCCCAACUAUUUCCACAGCUUCAGAAGAAACUCUCCAAGCCUUGGAGACUCUAGUUCCUCAAAAGUUGGCUUCUCCAGAAACUCCACCUUCCAUACCCAAUAUUACAACAACUUUUACCACCACACCUCCUGUUUCUUCCAUAUCUCCUUCUUUGCAGGAUCCUUCCAGAUCACCAUCACCACCCUUGAGUCCUAAUGCAGACUUAGACAUUGACACAGACAUUGACUCAGUGGCUUCUGUGAGUCUCUCUCAGAACUUUUCAUUGGAGGCCAAAGACCAGGAGUUAGCACUGCUAGAGAAAGAGAGCACAAAUCAUUCAUCAAGGUCCAAGAAACCCAAAGGGCUAGAGCUGGCACCGACUCUGGUGAUCACAGGAAGUGAUCCAAGCCCCCUGGGAAUAUUGAGUCCCUCUCUCCCUACAGCUUCUCUCACUCCUGCACUUUUUUCACAGACUCCUAUCUUACUGACACCAAGUCCCUUGCUCUCCAGUAUACACUUUUGGAGCACUCUGAGUCCUGUUGCUCCUUUAAGUCCAGCCAGACUGCAAGGUGCUAACACCCUUUUCCAGUUUCCUUCAGUCCUGAACAGUCAUGGGUCAUUUACUCUGUCUAGCCUGGAUGGACCAUCCACACCUGGCCCCUUUUCUCCAGAUCUGCAAAAAACAUAG